CAAAUUUCUAAAACCAAUUUCCAGCCCGGCCCAGUUUCCAUCAGUCCAUAUAAAUAUCUCGAGAAACACACAGACACGCGCGGUGCUCGAAGAAUGGGGGCGGCGGAGGCGAACGGAGCAGAGCAGAACUCGUCUGCUACGGAGACGGAACACGUGGAGGCCUUGCUUGAGGCUGCUAGAUAUAAUGAUAUUGACGAUGUUAUAAGCUUAGCUGCUGUUGGGGUUUCUCUUGAUUCCAAGGAUGCAGAAGGGAGGACAGCACUUCAUAUGGCUUCAGCAAAUGGAAAUGUUGAUAUAGUCAACUAUCUUAUCAACAAUAAAGUGGAAGUCAAUGCUUUUAAUGUCGAAAAUAACACACCUCUUCAUUGGGCAUGCCUGAAUGGCCACAUCGAGGUUGUUAACAUAUUGAUUCUAGCUGGAGCAGAUGUAUCAAGCUUAAACAGACAUGAAAGGACUCCUGUGGAUGAAGCUGCAAUUGGUGGAAAAAUGGAUGUCAUUGAUGCCAUCAACACAGCAGUUGCACAAAUGGAACUCACAAGAGCAAGUGUUUGAAAACGAAUGAUAGUGUUUAAUUUUUGUAGUUUUUUAAUUGCAUAGUCUCCUUAUUGUAUACAAUAAAUUGAAUUAAGUUGCAUUAUUUUUAAGUGCUAGUGUUAUAUAUGAAAAACUCAUGUGGGGUUUGGACUUUUCACCAUGUUUUGUGAGAUGGUGUUAUCAAGGGAAAAUCUCAUAGAAACCCAAAACACAACAUAUUGUUUCUUAAUGUUAAAGAAAAAAGUAAAUUACACG